UCCCUGUGAAAUGAAAAGAACAGACAAGAGAAAAUAAAAUUAACAUCAGAUUAGUCUGAAAAAGUAGAUCUAGAAUAAAAAUCUAUCCUCUAAAAUGUUGUUUAAAUUGCUAUUAUUGAAAGUACUUUAUUUUGUAGUUCAAGUUCAAUCACUUUUAAAGCUAGAUUUAGGUGGUAAUUGGACGGUUUUCGAUACUUCUUCAGGGCUGAAGGUUCUGGGUGAGGUCCCAGGCUCCAUGUACACUGCUCUACUAAAACAAGGAGUUAUCCAAGACCCACUGUGGAGAGAUAAUGACGUAGCCUUAGCCUGGCUGGGAUUGGCUAAUUGGACUUAUUCCAGAACUUUUACAGUUUCAAAUGAUGUGGCAACAUCCAAUAGGAAACUGCUUGUGUCUGAGGGGCUAGAUACCAUAGCAACAGUGUUUGUAAACAAUAAAUUGGUUGGUCAGUCAGACAACAUGUUUGUAAAAUCAGUGUUUGAUCUCACUAAUGUCCUACAGAGUGGUGAUAACUCUAUAACUAUCCAGUUUUCCUCAGCCGUGAGGGAGGCUGGUUACAGGGCUAACCAUUCAUCAUAUGUUAUCCCACCUGAAUGUCCACCUGCUGUCCAGAACGGGCAGUGUCACGUUAACCAGGUCCGCAAGGAGCAGUGCUCAUUUAGCUGGGACUGGGGUCCUUCAUUUCCAACCCAAGGUGUUUGGAAACCAAUUUACAUCAUUGCUUACAUUCAAGUCUCCAUGUUGGAUGCUACUGCUGUUGUUAAUAAAGUCAACUCUCAGUGGCAAGUGGUGGGUGAGGUGUUGCUGGGGGUGGCCCCAGGACCUGAAGUUCAAGGCCACCUCACUGCUGCAAUACCAGGCCUUAACCUGACGUACAGCCAAGAUGUUGUGAUGUCGUCAACAAACUCUACGCUCAGGUUUACAAUAGACGUACCAGAGACCAAACAAGUGUCCCUGUGGUGGCCCAAUGGUUAUGGGGAUCAGGUUUUGUACGAUGUUGAUGUGGUGUUGACCACAGCGCUGGACAAGUCCCAGAAGUCCCUGAGGGUUGGAUUCAGGACUGUGGAGCUGGUACAGGACCCUGUGUCCAGCAAUUUACAGGAUGGUUUGACUUUUUACUUUCGCAUCAAUGACAUUCCCGUUUUCCUAAAGGGAAGUAAUUGGAUUCCAGCUGAUAGUUUUCAGGAGAGAGUUACAGAACCUCGUUUAGAGUAUCUUCUUCAGUCAGCUGCUUCAGUCCACAUCAAUGCCAUGCGGGUCUGGGGUGGUGGAGUGUAUGAAUCAGAUGAGUUCUACCAACUGUGUGACCUGCUGGGCAUCAUGAUCUGGCAAGACUUCAUGUUUAGUGUAGCAUUGUACCCGACCUACCAAAGUUUUCUCAACUCUGUGGCCACAGAAGUUAGACAACAGGUGAGGAGGCUCAAGUCCCACCCAUCUGUCAUCGUGUGGGCCGGCAACAACGAGAAUGAGAAAGGUCUGAGACAGAACUGGUUCAACACGGAGAAGAACUUCACCCUCUACUACAAUGACUACAUCGACCUGUAUGUCAAGACCAUCAAACCCUUUGUGAAUGAAGAGGACCCCAGCAGAGAAUAUCUGACCUCAAGUCCAUCUAAUGGUAAAGAGAGUGUCCAGGAAGGUUACGUAGCUCUUGACCCUGACAGUGAGCGGUACGGGGACAUUCACUUCUACGAUUACAUUCUUGACCAGUGGAUGUGGCAGGGGUUCCGGGUGCCACGGAUGGCAUCCGAGUACGGCAUCCAAGCCUGGUGUAACAAUGAAACUCUGGCCAAAGUUCUCCUGCCGUCUGAUUUUGUCUUGGACUCAGACAUGGUCAAACAUAGGCAGCAUCAUGCCAUGGGUAAUGAAGAAAUGGGGGCUGAGAUUGGAGCUCACCUGAAGCUGCCAACGUCUUUAGACGAACAGAAGAAAAUGUCAGAUUUUAUUUACCUAAGUCAGAUCAACCAAGCCAUGUCAAUCCGCACCCAGACAGAACAUUACAGACGUCAUCAGUCACAGCUCCUGUCAGAUGGUAGAGGGUUAACCAUGGGGGCUUUGUACUGGCAGCUCAAUGACAUAUGGCAGGCUCCUACAUGGGCUUCUAUUGGUUAUGAUGGAUCCUGGAAGAUGCUGCACUACUUUGCCAAAUCUUUCUUUGCCAAACAUCUCAUUUCUCCCUACUACCUGGACGAUGACACACUUGAUGUGUACAUCGUCAUUGAUGAGUUACCUGUGCAGGAUGCAAGGGAUCCCCUCUCAGGUGCACUAUACUUUAAACCAAUCAUGGAUCAGAAGGAUUUUAGUGGUAUCAAUGUGCCAGUGCAAGAAUCAAAUAGAAUUAUACAGAAUGCCCUGCGAAUGACGACCGGCAAUUUGAAAAUUGACCUCUAUCAAUACACUAGUUUCCAGUCUCUCCACUCCUGGAGUGUCAAUUAUAAUCUAAAAACAACAGCAGAAUCCGUGUUCACUAAGAAAGUCUCUGACAUAAUUUCUGAGUCUGGGUGCCCAGCUAAACAGAAAUGUAUCCUUACUCUCACUGCCACAGACACCAGCGGGGUUCAGAAAUCUUCCUCGUGGUUUGCUCUGACAUAUCCCAAAGAUUCAGUUCUUCCUCCUGCUAAUGUUAAGAUCUCCACUGUUGUUAAGCUGGGUAAUAACACAUUUGAAAUUGAAGUCACAAGUGAUGUUAUAGCUUUGUAUGUAUGGAUUUCAUCUGAUGUUCUUGGUUUGUUUUCGGAUAAUGGUUUUCCAAUGUUUACCUCAACCGUGAAGGUCAUGUUUAAGUCUGUAGAUGAUGUUAGUUUGCCACAACUGAUGUCUCGGCUGAGAGUAAGAAGCAUUACAGAUGUCAAGAAUUCUGACAGUUUUGUUGUUGGAUAGCAUUUAAUUAUAUGAAAAAUUCAUAUUUAUAUUUUAGAUCAAUAAUAGUUUUAAUAAUUGCAAUUACCUUUUGAAAUCAUAUAUAUUGAAAUAAAAAUAUCAUUGAUCUUUUG